AUGGGAACCAAUGAUUGUACUUUUGAUCAAACAUCUGGAUCUCAUUUCACAAGUGGUUGUCGGCCAAAAGGAGAGUGUUUGCACCACGGUCCAGUGGAGGGAAGAGAUGUCCAUAACCCUACGAGAUCUUUUUCUCAGCCCUGUCAUCAAUGUUGUUCUGAUGACUUCUGUAAUCAGGAAUGCACCAGCCAACAUCAGCAAGCUGGUGGAUCCUGGGGGGCCUGGAGUCCGUGGAGCACGUGUUCGACUAAUACCUGUGGUAGCAGUGGACAUCAGACAAGGACGCGAUCCUGCACAAGUGUCGGAGGAAAUUGCGAAGGUGUAUCAAGCGAAUCCCGCAGCUGUUCACGUGGUGUUUGUUCAAGUUGUGCUGAGAUAUACAACAGCGGGGAACACACAUCGGGUGUGUAUACCAUAGCGCCUGUUGGUCACCAACCCCUGAACGUCGUCUGCAACAUGACAGACGGAGGAGGCUGGACUGUCCUUCAGCAUAGACUACACGGAUCUGUCAGUUUCAAUCAAACUUGGACAGAUUACGUCACUGGUUUCGGUGAUCUACAUGGCGAUUUCUGGUUGGGACUGGAAUAUAUCCACGCGCUAACAUCAAAGUGGGGUCCAUCUCAUCAUUGAUAUGGUUGCCAAACAUGGAGACUUGAUAAGGUACAGCUACGAUCACUUUGAGGUAAAAAAUGCCAGUACCUCCUACCAAUUGCUGGUUGCCAAUGACAACUCCGUGAAUUGCACUUCAUAUUCCAGAUUUAUGUAUAAUAACGGGUCAAAGUUCUCUACCCCUGACAGACAGGGCAUGCAUGGUUGCUCUUCUCAUGGCUCAGGAUGGUGGUUUAAGGAAUGCUCAUAUUUCAACAUCAAUGGAGUAAUUGGCGUUAAUGACAAUAAUUAUGGAAUGGCAGCGUUCUGCCACCCUAACGUGGUUCAGCUGAAGGAAACCAUUAUGAAAAUAAGAUAAUCAGUGUAUAGUCUAUAAAACACACAGAAUAAAUAUUGACUUAAAGAUAUCCAUAAAUGUGUGACAUCUUGAUAACGACACCAUGUCAUUCUAGUUAAUUCACUGUGGAUAAAUGUCCGUACUAGCUUGAUACUGAUGUUGUUUCUCUAUAUGAUGUGGGUUUGGUAACAUGGUUUAAAGAAAAAAAUUCCACGAAAUCGAGGAUAAGUCAAGGACACAGGUAUUCAAUCAAUUAUUAUCAUUAUCAUUAUUCAUUUUUCAAUAUUCAUGAGGUAAAACUAGUCAGAAAUGUUGUUUGUAGACCAGUAAAUCGCUCUCCUGAGGGGGAUAUAUACGUUUUCAUCUGUUCUUGUCUGCUUUUGAAUUCACUGCAAUAAACGGUAUUCCAACCAAAUGCCA